AUGAUCGAGAUCAUGAUCAGACUGCGGAUCAUUCACCUUGCCGUCGUCCACGCCAUGAUCAUAAUUGAAGCCUUGAUUUCUGUUUCGGACGCAGCUUAUAUGGUGUCUGCUGCAACAGGUGACCAGCUUGUUUCUACUCUGAGGACGCCCACAUGGAUUCCCGAGCGUCAGGCCUUCCUGGAUGAAACCUUGCGCCUUGAAGGUCGUGGAAAUGCAGGGAUCUCAUGUCGUUGUGGCCUUGCUGCACCCCUUUUCAGAUGUCGUGAUUGCUUCGGCACACAAAUGUUUUGUCAAGAGUGCGUGCUUCAAAGUCACGCGAAUAACCCUUUGCACAGGAUUGACAUGUGGAACAACUUAUUUUUCCAGCGCAGCACCCUGAAACAAAUGGGUCUUCGUGUGCAGCUAGGACACGAGCCAGGCGAGACAUGCUACAACCCUCGUCCCUCGGCUGGUGAUGACUUCGUUGUCAUCGACGUCCAUGGCGUGCAUGAGAUCGCACUGGACUUUUGUGGCUGCGCAAGCACUCAAAUCCGCUACAAGCAGUUACUUCGCGCACAAUGGUAUCCAGCAACUACGUCGGAUCCUCGGACUGCUGCAACCUUUACUCUACUGGAGCACUUCCACAUCCUGUCUUUCGAGAGCAAGGUGUCAGCGUAUGAGUUCUACCAUUCACUAGCGAGACGAAACAACAACGCGGGCCUGUCGCACAUACGAGAUCGUUACUCCGCAUUCAUGCGUAUGAUUCACGAAUGGCGACAUCUCAGGCAACUCCAUCAUGCAGGGAGAGGCCAUGACCCUGCUGGCGCCAAGGCCACGACUGCGGGUGAAUUAGCCGUGCUGUGUCUGGCAUGCCCCCAUCCUGGCAAGAAUCUACCGCAAGACUGGCAGAAUGUGCCAUUAUUGGUUAGGUGGAAAUACGCUCUAUUCAUUGCAAUUGAUGCCAACUUCCGGCUCAAACGCAAGGCAGUAUCUUCGGAUAAUAGAGAUCCCAGCCUGAACUCUGGGUGGGCUUAUUUUGUCGAGGAGGCGGCGUACAAGUCAUAUUUGGCUGAUCAAGCUGGCGCAAAGCAAGAUCGCAGUACAUGUGUUAGUCAUAAUGCCGUCAAUAUGGCAGACACGAAAUCUUCGCAUGGCCUGGCGGCAACAGGCGUUGGCGCAGUCGAUUGCGCCAGGCAUGACAUGAAACUUGCGAAUGGGGUCGGUGACUUGCAGAAAGGCGAAAAAUACAUUAACAUGGAUUAUCUCGUGUUCUCGGCACUCCUGGCCUUCGCGGUAACGAUGAUCAAUAUUUCUUACGACAUUGCAUGCCAGUGGCAUAAAAAUCUUUGGACACGUAUGGAAGCUAUGCCGCCGAGGUUACACAUUUCUCAUACUUCCAUGACCGUCCGGUUUUUUGUUCCCAAAUUCCAUCUGAAAGCGCACAUUGACCAAUGUCAACGAAACUUCUCCUUCAACUGGUCAAAACACGUGGGACGAACCGAUGGCGAGGCUCCUGAGCGCGGAUGGUCCAAUAUAAACCGGGUCACGACGAGCACAAAGGAAAUGGGUCCGGGAUUGCGUCGUGAUACCCUCGAUGAUCACUUCGGGGAUUGGAACUGGAAGAAAGUUACGGCACUAGGCCGGACUCUCUUGCGCAAGAUCAGUGACACUGUUAAGUGGAAGAGGGAGCAUGGGGAAGGACUGGCGGAGCUAGAGAGGACCAUUCAGCCUAUGCUCAUCCUUCAGUGGAGGAAAGAGGUCGAGGCUUGGGAGGAGGACGGCUCUCAACGUAAUCCAUUUGAGAGCCGAUAUGCUCCUAUCACACAAGCCGCAGUGCGUCUACGGCUCGCUGAGCUUGAAGCCGACGAACUUCAGGCUGGGACCAACGUCUCCCUACAUACCGACAUUUCUCCAACUAGAUUAAUCACCACCGGCAUUGACCUCCAAGACCAACAACAGCACUUGAAGACUGAUAUGGCCAAUGCGUCUCUUCACCCCACGGACAAGCAGAAGACUGCUAUGCAGACCCGUGUCACUGCCCUUCAACGUCGGCUGGAUGCUUGGGCUCGUGUCCAGGAGUUAUAUAUGCCCAUCGUGUCCCAGUUUCAUCAACGAUCUUCAGAAGCUGGCAUGACGAAUACGAUGCCGCUCAAGCCCGAGAGCUUUAAGCUGUGGCUCCCGUCUGAGCUCCAACCAACAGUAUCAUGUGACAAGAAGCUGGCUGCACACGAAUGGGACCUACGGCAUGCACAGGCACAGGAUGCUCUCAACGAGGUCCGUUCACAUCUCCGGCUUCGGUCUCAUAUGUAUAUCUAUAAAGAUAGAAAUGUGCGCGGUCAGGCAGCUUCUACCCGUGCACAGGCCCUCAUCGAAGGCGUGGAGAUGAGAAAACGGGCUAGUGUUGACAAGUAUCGACGUGCGCGUAACGCUCUGUUAGCUCUCGGCUAUCGACUCGAUAAGUUGGGCUGGGACAUUUCCCUUCCACCACUCUUGGAUUCAGAUGUAAGACCUAUGGGCGAUAUGGAGAGACAAGGCACUGGUACGAUCUCUUGGAUCUGGCUAGACUCACAUGUGGACAAUAGCAGCUCAGAAAAUGAGCGCGUUCAGGAUUGCGUUCGAGUAGAGUGGUGCAAAGCGCGCGCACGCGCAAACCGUUGGUCGGAAGAAGUUGAACUUCUCCUCGAGGAGAUGCGGAGAGUUAUAGUCUUCUUGAAGUGGCAGGCGGAGUGGUGGGGUGGAAGGCAUAGCUCUCAAGCCUCGGAGUCGGCGGCUGAACAAGAAGGGCUGGCUGCGUAUGCAUGUCGACAGGCUACGCUGCGUCUAUCCCUUGUCGCAUCCUUUCAGGCCCUAUGGAAAGAUGUACCGAAGUUUCUACUUGUGAUCUGGGCUUGCAACUUCAGCGGGUCCACUCCAGUUUUUGGCGCCAAGUUACGAAUGUAA